UAUUUAGAUUAAAGUAUUUGAGUCUUACACGUGGCGCAAAAUCAGCCUCAAGGAGCUCCUACACUGUGAUCCACCUCCUUGGACCUUGGAGAACAAGGCACGAACUUCCAUGAAUUCUCUUCAGAUCAGAUGACAAAAUUUUAAUCUUUAUUCCAAACCAACAACAACAACAACAACCCAUCACAAUGUUCCUUCUCAAAACAUGGAGAUCAACCGCAUUUGGGUUAUAUGGGUAUCUCAACUUCACCAAAUCUGGUUUCAUUGAACAUUCAAAGAAUUUCAAGGCAGAGGACAUCCAAAUUAGAAUAGAUGGCAAAAACUGCAUAGUUACAGGAGCUAAUUCUGGGAUUGGUUUUGCCACUGCACAAGGCCUUGCUUCACGUGGGGCAACUGUGUAUUUGGUUUGUCGAAAUAAAGAGAGGGGGGAAGCUGCUUUAUCUCACAUUAAGUCUUCAACAGGAAACAAAAAUGUUCAUUUAGAGGUUUGUGAUCUUUCCUCUAUUAGUGAUAUCAAGUCAUUUGCAUCAAGAUUUGCUUUGAAGAAUGAACCACUUCAUGUAUUGGUCAACAAUGCUGGUGUGCUUGAAAAUAACCGAGUUAUUACCUCAGAAGGGCACGAGAUGAACUUUGCCGUGAAUGUAUUAGGUACUUAUGCCAUGACUGAACUGCUGCUGCCAUCUCUAGAGAAAGCGGUUCCUGAUGCACGGGUUAUUACUGUUGCUUCUGGUGGAAUGUACACUGCACCUUUGACAAAAGAUCUACAAUUUAGUGAUGGAAACUUUAAUGGCGUGGAGCAGUAUGCUCGAAACAAGCGUGUUCAGGUAGCAUUAACAGAGAAAUGGGCUGAAAUGUACAAAAACAAAGAGAUUGGAUUCUACUCAAUGCAUCCGGGGUGGGCAGAAACACCAGGAGUUACCAAGAGCUUACCCGACUUCUCAAAAUCAUUUUCAGGAAAGCUUAGAACAAGCGAGGAAGGUGCAGACACAGUGAUCUGGUUGGCUCUACAACCGAAAGAGAAGUUGGUUUCGGGCACAUUUUAUUUCGACAGAGCUGAAGCUACUAAACACUUGAUGUUUGCAGCUACCAAGGGCUCUCAUGCUUUAAUCGACUCCAUUGUUGAGGAUUUACGUUCCAUGUCUGGAAUUUCUUCAUAAGCAGAAUUAGAUUUUUUGUUACCUUUUACUUCUACUAAACUUUCUUAAGAAACCAUAUUAGAUUGAAUUUUAUUUGAUGUAAUACUUAAGACUGUUUAUGUUCAAUAAUAAAGAUAAAUGUGCCAAAAAUAAUAAAUAAGAAGUUAUAUAAAAAGCACAUGAUGCGUUGUUAAUCAAAUUGUAACAAAGUUUAACAAUUAGUGAAAUUUACAUGGUUGUAUGGC